CGUAUAAUAAGGAACAGACGCCACUGUAUCUCACUUCGGUCAAUAAUCCUCAAAUCGACAUGAAGGCCGCCUUCCUCCUUUGUCUCGCCGUUGGCGCUGUUCUUGGACAAAUUCCUUCCCCAUGCAGCUCUCCACCACAGUGGGAAGGGCGGGAAAUUAGGAUUGAUUACAGUCAAAAGUAUGAGGAGAGGCGACAUCUGUUUUACGACGAGACUAACAAGAGGACACGUACGAUAGCUGAGGUCGAGCUAAACAGCACCCGAGAGUUCUAUGACGUCAUUGAGCUAUUUAACGAGAGGAAGAUGUACAGUCUGAACAGGAGGACACAGACGUGUAACGUGACAGCCAUCGAACCGGACAGGCAAUUCCACUACCGCGGGGUCCACCCCGACGCCAAGUUCGAGACCAUCAUGUCACUGGGCGCACCCGGAUUCCCAGGGGAGAACAUCCAGGUCCAGGUUUUCUCCGCUAACGAGACUAACGAGUAUUAUACUGGACUGGUUACCUCCCCUGGGUGUAUUCCAGUGACAAACUUCCAUAUUUCUAAGAAGUACGGAUUUGAGCAUUCAGAUUACUUUGACAUCACAGUCGGUAUUACUGAUCCUACGGCAUUUGUACCACCAACUAACUGUAAGCCACCACCAUCAUAAGACUCGUGAAUAAAGUUACCAUAUAACAUACUA